AUGCUCCGUGUUUGGAAGAUUUCGGGAGAGGAGCUGGUCGCGAUAGAAAAGAAGGAUAUGUGGAAUGACGACAUCCACACGUUGAAGACUCUCUUGCGAAGCAUGUAUGGCUUCCCAGUACACACGCAGACGCUGGUGCUCGACGGGUGCAGCUUAGAGCCGCACUGCCGCGUGCGCUUUCCUUCGGAUUUGCAGCUGAUCUUGACUCCGCUUUCAGAUGAGUUGUCAAAGUCGGCCAAAGUGGCUGAAGAGCUUGUUUCUUCUGCCGGACAAGGGCAGCUGCAGACUUUGCGCUUGCUGAUCGAAGCCCGUGCCGACAAGGACUUGAGACAGUCAUACUACGGGAGAACGGCUUUGAUUUAUUCAGCUUCGCAGGGCCAGGUUGAGGUCGUGCGCUUCCUCUUGGAGUGCAGGGCCAACCUCAACGCUGCUGACAACCAAAUGCGCAACACCGCUCUUGAGCACGCUUCUGCCCGGGGUCAUGCUGAAGUGACUCGGCUACUACUGGAAGCCGGCGCCCGGAGCCGGAAGGAGUUUGGCCUUGCAUGUAGCCAGGGCCAUGUUGAGGUCGUCGAGAAAUUGCUGGUAGCUGGCAGGCCUGUGGAUUCAGAUGCAGGGCUGAUUCACGCGGCGAGUGAAAGCCGAGAAACAGUGGCACGCUUGCUGCUGAAAGCCGGUGCUGAUGUAGACAUCGAAGACGACUACUGUAGGACAGCUCUUAUGCAUGCCGCUCGCGGUGGUGAUUUUGCCAUGUUCAGCUUGCUACUGGAAGCGAGUGCGGAUGCAUGCGUGAUCGACAGCGGGGGGGAUACUGCGUUGAUUUCGGCAUCUACCCACGGCCACGUUGAAAUCGUUCGCCGGCUGCUGGAGACAAAAGCUGACACCGAAGCACUUGGACCUUGUGUGGACAGCAUUACUGCGCUGAUGGGCGCAUGCGAAAAUGGUCACCUUGAGACCGCACGUUUGCUUCUGGAAGCAGGAGCAGACAAAGACAAGCUCGAUCGCCUGGGUGGUACAGCGAUUACCCGAGCAUCCGAGCGAGGACAUGUUGACAUC